CUCCAUCUCUCUCCUACUCUCUCCUUUACGCACUCACAGUAUUGUCAACAAAGCUGGAGAACAAGGGACGUGGGGGCAACAGGGGAAUAAAGGUCCACAGAGGAGAAAAGUAGCACACAGGACCCCCGCAUCAGUUUACCUGCACACUUGGAGGAAGGACUGGAGGAGGUAGCCAAAGGUGACAGUAAACAGGGGCGGACACGCACAGGACAGGACUUCUUUAUUUCUCUUCAUGGUGGUUUGGACACUCGGAGUAUGUAUGAGAAGUUAACCAUGCUGAACCUGCAGAGCGGCUCGAACUGGAGUGGGCCUAACAACUGGUACCAUGACCCCACCGGCGUUCAGACACAACACAGUACAGUGUCUGAUGGCUGUCUACUCGACACGGAGGGCAGCAUGGGGGGAGAGGCAGGGGGAGGGGGAGCGGGCAGAAGGGGAGGAGUCCCCGUGGAGAGGGACGAAGGUGAGGAGUCUCAGCUGAGGUUGCAGCUCAAGAGGAAGCUGCAGAGGAACAGGACCAGCUUCACACAGGAGCAGAUCGAGGCUCUGGAGAAAGAGUUUGAAAGGACACAUUAUCCAGAUGUCUUUGCGAGGGAGAGAUUGGCAAACAAGAUCGAUUUACCAGAGGCCCGGAUACAGGUGUGGUUCUCAAACCGAAGAGCCAAGUGGAGGAGAGAGGAGAAGCUGCGCAAUCAAAGGAGGUCAGGGGGUGUGACUUCCUGUUCACAGAGCCAAGCCCCUCUGACUACUUCCUUCAACACAUCUGUCUAUCAUCAACAGCACGGCAGCAGUUCAGGGUCCAUGUUGAGUCAGGCUGAGUCGUCCCUGCCCAGCUACAGCUCCCUGUCAGUUUUCUCAUCUGGAGUCCAGUCUAUUCCCCCCCAGUCGGCUUCCUCCUACUCCUGCAUGUUACCUCCAUCUCCCUCUGCUCCGCGCAGCUUUGACUCAUCGGCAUACUCCUCCCCUCACCUGCAGACUCCGCCCUCGGCCAACUCCAACACCGGGCUCAUAUCGCCCGGCGUUUCAGUGCCGGUCCAGGUUCCAGGGACCGAGCAGCAGGGCAUGAGUCAUAACCUGGGUCAGUACUGGGCCAGAUUACAGUGAACAACAGACAAUCGCUGCCAAACCGGCAACACAAAAGAAGAAGGGGGAAAAAGGGCAUGUAACAAAAAGUGUCAAGAAAACAACAUGGGGACACACAGGUUUUUAGGAAGCACAGGACUGCGCUAUAGAGGGGCCUCAAUGGGGCCUCAAUGAGUUGCAGCCCCCUGACAUGCAUUAAAUGUUUACAAAUUCAGCCAAGAGCAGCUUUGGUUGUGCUUGACAGUACUCUAGUCAUGCUGGUAUUUUCUUUGUACUAUCAGAUUUUUUUUGGAGGUAGGGAGUGGAGGGUGGGGGGUAGUUAAUCAUCAGUUUGAGGUGUAUUUAUGAUUAAAUUAAAGUCAAGAUCAGGCUAAAGUUAGGGUUUAGGUUGCUCUCUGCGGAGAAUUGUUCCUCUCAAAAGUGUUAACAUAUUUUAUUGUGUGGAACAAUUUGGCUUUUACUUAGACUGACGGUUUCAUGAGCCAAAAGAAAUAAACAACCAGGGGAAAAGAAAAUGGACUUUUUAUUACACAAAGCUGUAAUACACAGAGAUUUGGUUGAAAGGUUUAAAAAGCCUGUAAGUGGACUUUUGAGCUUUGACAUUAUACAUAAUGUUAUACAUAAGAGGUGUCAGAAGACUGCUUUUGAGGUUUGAAUUUUUGGAAGUUGAUCUGAAAUUACCAUGAGCUCUCAGCCCAUACACUUAAAUGUCUACCAAGUUUAUUUAAAAAUAAAUAACAAAAACAGGUGCAUGAAUUGUAGUUUUGAAAUAUCAAAAUUGGAAGAUGUUUGCUCAUACUUGCUUAGAAAAUUGCUGGGUUAUAAUUACAACUCUAUCAUACAGAAAUGCUCUGAAAAGUCAUUCAGUGGUACUAAGUAAAUGCCAGCAGAUGUUUGAAUUGUGAAGUGUAACCUCAGUUUCUUGUUACUUGAGCAGCUCAAUGAUAUUGUGAUAGCGAGCUUCUUCCCUAAGCAUAAGCUGUGUGAGGGUACUGUGAAGAUUUUAGACUUGCUUAUGGCAAUCACUUUUACUAAAACUAAAAAAACAUACCAUAAAAAAAGUAAAUACUAACUACCCUGCCAGCAACAUUACACUAAUACUGAUACUGCAUAUUUUUGUACAGAUAUCUGUGUAUGAUGAAGAUUACUGUGGAAUAUUGUCAGAUAUUAUUGGAGGGAAGAAUGUAGCACGUUGUGGACUCAAAUCAUCCUCAAAGCACAAAUUUCAUUUGCUAAGAUAAAUUAUUAGGGAGGCACCAUAUCAAUACUGGUAUCAGAUAUUGUCUGAUACUAAGCUAAACAUUAAAAUAUUAAAUAUUUAUAGGUAUCACAGAUUUGUGCCAAAAACUACAGUAAAGCAAUUUUCUUUUUGUUAUAUAUAUAUAUAUAUAUAUAUGAGUACAUAAUGUUUUACCAGAGCCAUAACAAAAUUAGCAGUGAUACGUACUUGGAUUGGCAGGGAACAUUUUGUAUAUCACUAUCAGGCAGUGACAAUCACGCGUCAUUACACAGCAAAUUAAAAAAAAAAGAGUCCACCUUCAAACUAUCAGCUGCAAACUCUUGCGAGACCGACAAUCAAAGCUGGAGGUAGAUAUUAACUAAGGAUAAACUGUGAAAUUAUUGCAACACUGUCCAUACAGUAGAAAUGACUUUAUCAACUGUGCAUGACCAAAAUAAGCCGCUAUAGACAAUCAGCUACUUGCAGAAAUGAAUCAAAUAUUGUACAAAAGCGUUACUGUACUUUACAAGGUUUUAACCUCUGCUCACUUUCCUCUGACUAUCGGUUUUGUUGAUGCAUCUCAGUUUAAAUUCAUAUGAAAUGUCUUUCAGCUCUUAUUUAUUUGUCUUUUCACUCGUUCACAUAAGUCCUCUGUGUUGUUUCUGUUGUUGUUGUGUGUUGUGUUAGUACUGUAUAGCUACCAAGAGUCAACCCUUUUGUGAAGGCCUUGGAUCCCUUUAAUGAAAAUAAAUCUGUGUUUAAUGAAUAUAAA